AUGGCCUUCACCAGGCAACCUUGUUCUUUCCUACAAGUUUGCACAGUCACUUCUAGAACAGGGACUGCCCGACGACAUCCAGGAGACCUUGUUGACCUCGAUGCCAAGUGGAAGCAACAUAAGAGGCCACCAUGGAGCGAUAUUGUAUCCAGUGACCAGCAGUUGAACUCAUUGAGCUUGAUGCUGAGUGGAAGCAACAAAAGAGACCAACAUGGGGUGAAUGGGCAACAAUCGUUGGCCAAUGACAACCAGGUGAAGUCGUUGAGCUCGAUGCCAAGUGGGAGCAAGAGAAGAGGCCGGGAAUUAGUUUCUGAUGACUCAUCAAAACCUAAAGGAAAAGGCAAAAUGAAACAGCCCCAGCGCAGAAGAACCAUUGUCAACGGUGAAUCAGCACCGACCAGUAAAGCAGUGCCACUGAGUUAUGAGGACCGUAUCAAGGAGAAAUCUGUGGGGGAAAGUGCGAAAAUUUUGACAGAUCGAGUCUCCAAAAGGACAGAAAGCGUGAUGGCCCUGCUAGGUGACUUAUUCCUCGCCUACGACAAAAUGCCAUGGACAGCUAGAGCCCAAGAAUUGAAGGCAGAUUCGAAAGCUAUGAGAGGUGAACUUAAAAGAAUUAAUCGAUAUAUAAUUAACAUACUGGUCAAAUGCAAGAAAGGUAGAUUAACAGAAGAAGCGGCAAAGAAGAGAUUGGUGGGUGCACACAAUAGGUUAAAUAACUUCCUACAGAAAAUUGAAAAUGCGAGGGAGGGAUUAAAACAAUCAACCGGGUACGCUAAUGUUGACGAAUCCAGUUACCAUGAUCUGGAAAAAACAAGGAACCUUGAUGCAAUCUUCGCUAAGAAUAUGGAUUUCAGCUCAGAGUAUCUAAGAGAAAAGUUGGCUUCUGAAAUACCAUUUGAUAUCAAAGAACUUGAUCUGGUUGAUUUACACUCUAAAUUUAGUAAUUUUAAGAGCCGACUUUAUGACAAAGAGAACAACAAAGUGGAUAUUCAAGAUUUCGAGGGCUUGCAAGAGGCAUUGAACAGAGCUGGCUGGGGGAAAACUCCGAACCACCUGGAACAAAUUGCUAUGGAAGUCGAAACGGCUAUUGGUAAACAGAUUAACAACCCGUGUAUCCGAGUUCUGCUCUCUGCUGCAAUCAAAGAGAUGAAAGAUUUGAAAGUCGAUGAAAUGGAGCGGGAUAUGUGUAACAUGUUUAAAAAGUGGGCGGCCACGUUCAAUUACGCCAAGGAAAAUGGUUUUUCAUGUGGAAUUUGCUUACAUAAAGCUGGAGAAAAACUUGCGUGCCUACCUGUCUUAUCAUGGGAAUUAGAAAGGGAAAGGUUUGGGAAUCGUAUAUGGCCGAGCUGUCAUGGUUGUAAAUCAAGAGUUGCAGUUGCAGAAAGAUCUUUUGUAAAUUGCCAGGGACUUGGUUUCGAUAUUUGCUUCUCUCUGUCUGAUGUUAUUGGUUUGUAUCUGAUCUCGUACUUUCCUCGAUCUGAAGUGUGUGGUUUUUUGUAUCUGGACUCUUGA